AUGGCUAUCGAGACACCUGUUUGGUCCCCGACCAAAACAUGCUUUCUUCUACUUUUGGGGGUUUUGAUAGCAGAGGCUGCGCAGGAUCAAGGCAGUUUGUACAUGUGGAUCGAUGCCAACCAAGCCAGAGUCCUAAUUGGUUUUGAGGAAGAUAUUUUGAUUGUGUCAGAGGGUAAAAUGGCUCCUUUCACCCACGACUUCAGGAAAGCUCAGCAGAGGAUGCCCGCAAUCCCUGUCAGUAUCCACCACGUGAACUUCACCUGGCAAGCCACGGAGCAGGCGGAGUACUUCUAUGAGUUCCAGACCCUGCGCUCGCUCGACAAAGACAUCAUGGAUGACCCUACCGUCAAUGUCCCUCUGCUGGGGUCAGUUCCACACAAAGCCUCAGUGGUGCAGGUGGGCUUCCCGUGCCUGGGCAAUCAGGACGGGGUGGCAGCCUUCGAGGUGACUGUCCUGGUGAUGGACGCAGGGGGCAACGUCAUCCUGAGGACCCCACACAAUGCCAUCUUCUUCAAGACCUGCCAGAGGGCGAAGUGUCCCGGCGGCUGUCGCAAUGGAGGCUUCUGCAACGAGAGGCAGGUGUGCGAGUGCCAGGAUGGAUUCUACGGCCCACACUGUGAGAAAGCCCUUUGCUCUCCCAGGUGUCUGAACGGAGGCCUGUGCGUCAGUCCAGGAGUGUGCAUCUGCCCACCUGGGUACUACGGGGUCAACUGCGACAAAGCCAACUGCAGCACAUCCUGUCUGAACGGAGGCACCUGUUUCCACCCCGGAAAGUGCAUCUGCCCCACGGGGUAUGAGGGCCACCACUGUGAAAUCAGUAAAUGUCGCCAGCCCUGUCGGAAUGGAGGGAAGUGUACAGGAAGGAACAAGUGCAAGUGCAGCAAGGGCUUCCACGGAGACCUGUGCUCCAAGGCUGUCUGCGAGCCAGGCUGCGGUGCCCACGGGACCUGCAUCGAGCCCAACAAGUGUCAGUGCAGGGACGGCUGGCACGGACGCCACUGCAAUAAGAGGUACCGUGGGGGCAUUAUGCGGCCUUCAGGACCCAAGCACAAGCAGCACCCCACCUCACCCAAAGAAGCCAAAGAGAUGGGCGACAACAGCAGCCCCCCCGAGACCAACUACAUCGUAUGA